CUAUUAUCUAAUUAAAAUGAAUGACUCCCACCUCGAGGGCGAAGACACCGCUCAACGGACAUGCGCUGCUGCAGGUUUCAGACCCGCGGGCAUUCGAAAACGUCCUUGCUACUUCAAACUAUUGACUGAUCGACGGCGGACAUCCCAAUCCAGGACACAACAACGACAUAACCAAUUUGACUUGCAUCUAGCACAUAAGAAGCUUCCUCAAACCGACAACCUCGUCUUCUGUCGGUCCUUGAUCAUUCCCACUGGUCUCUAACAUGGUUCGUAUGAAAACUUUGAGCACGUUUGUGCUCCCCGGGCUCGUAAGCCACUUCUCCAUGGUGGCAGCGGCCGGACGGACAUGCGAGGAAGGAGUCCGCCCAUACUCAGCAUGGCUGGCCGAUAGUGUCAUUGCUCGCAAAGAUGCACUUUUGUCUGCGGAUACUGAAGGUGAUAUCGCACUUCCCCUCAAGCUUGGGCUGUUCCAACUCAGCGUGAUCCACCUGAAGGAGUACUAUGAUGCGUCUUCAUGUGGGGAGCAAGACUGGGAAGCGUACCUGAAAGAGGCUACGGAUAGUAUCCUGCCGACAGUGCUGAACGUGACUGGCGAUAUUGAUGCUCCUAUGGAUGUAUUUGCUACGGCUAACGGCCUGUACUACCAGUAUGAGAAGACUGGAAACGUGGCCUAUAAGCAAGGUCUCGAUGCUUUACGAGAAGCAUAUGAUGGCAGGAAACGGAACUCAGAGGGUGGGUUUUGGUACUACAAUGCUCGUCCGAACCUCAGCUACCUCGACGAGACCUAUCCUCUUGGCGCCUUUACCACCGUCUACAAGAAUCGCUUCGAGCCGACUAACUCUACCCUCGCUGAGAACCUCAGCAAAGACCUCAAUCAAUUCAAAGACCACUGCCACCACGACACUGGUCUUCUCGCGCAUGGCUAUGACGCUUCUAAAUCAGCUCCAUGGGCCGACGCGACCACAGGCGCAAGCCCGUAUGUCUGGGAUCGCGCCCUCGGAUGGUACCACAUGGGUCUCGUCGAACUUCUCUACAACACCGACGAAUUCGGCACCCUCGACCAGACGCAGCGCGACGACGCUUACAAGAAGUACUACAAUCUCGCGAACACGAUCAUCAACGACGUUGAUGAGACCACGGGCUGUUGGUGGCAGGUGAUGGAACACGGAGGGCAGCAAGGUAACUAUAUUGAGACGAGUGGAUCGGCCAUGUUCACGUAUUCGAUUCUCAAGGGCGUGCGCUUGGGUUAUCUGACCGGAGUUCAUCCCGAGAGUGGCAAGGACUACAAGCAGACGGCGGAGAAGUGUUAUAGCUGGCUGCUCGAGAAUCGUGUAUUCCAAGACGACAGCGGCACGUUAAGUGUAAACGGCACUGUCGGGGUCUGUACUCUGGAAGAUCCGACGUAUGAGUACUAUACCUCCCAGCCUUUGUCGUACAACAGCGUGUUUGGAGCUGCGCCCUUUGUGAUGGCGAGCUUGGAACAUGAAAUGGCUGCUAAUGCUGCGAGCUUGUGAGAGAUCCAGUGAAUUGGCUAGGGAAUGCGAAGACAUAAGGGUUCAAUGUUGGCAC